AUGGAGAGAUCGCUAUCAUGGCACAAAGCAAUUGUGAAAUCUUUGAUAGAUGAUUGGACUACAAAAUCUACGGAAGAUAGCUAUCUAAAGGCGUUUUACGCCAACUACAACUUUUUAGACGAUUAUUCGUCAUUGGACCUGAAUUUUAGUUACGGUAAAUCCUCAUCUGGGGAAGAGGACCAGUCACAUGCUCACAACACCCGUCCUGAAAACGCAGGAAUAAAUCGACCUGGAGAAAUCCCUGGAGUAACUAACGACGACAACGACGACAACGAGUCCGUAGUAAGUCAGGCUCUAUCUAGCAAUGAUUCCCUCGUAAAUGUGAACCUGUACAGAUUUCAUUACAUGACAUUGAACCAGAAAAGGACUAGAGGUAAACCUGCUCCUAAGAGGAAGACCAGACGAAACAAUAAGCGUACGUCAUAUGCGAAUGUUGUCUUUAGAUUAACCUGA